AAUCAGAAAAGAAUAAAGGGUAUCUGCUAAAUUUUUAAUUCAAUGCAAUAAAAAGCAGAGCUAGCUGGGUUGAAAAGCAUGAUAAACUUGAGCUGGCGUCAACUUCAACAUUGGGUAUCAUACACAAUUUCUUUUGCUAUAAAUAGGGAGGUAGAGGAGCAAGUUUUCUUCACCUAGCCUUUAGUUUUUGUACGUAAUUAAUUAGAUUAGAGAGUUCAGAGAUCAAACCAAUGGCAACCCUCAUUGCUCCUGACCACCCUUCUGCUGUUGAAGAUGCUGAAGCCCUUCAAAAGGCUUGUAAAGGAUGGGGGACUGAUGAGAAGGCUAUAAUUUCAGUUCUGGGUCAUAGAAAUGCAGCUCAGAGAAAGCAAAUCAGGCUAGCUUACGAAGAGCUGUACCAGGAAGAUCUCAUCAAGCGUCUUGAAUCAGAGCUUUCUGGUGAUUUUGAGAAAGCUGUGUAUCGUUGGGUACUGGAUCCAGCAGAUCGAGAUGCUGUCCUAGCUAAUGUUGCCAUAAAGAAAAUUAGCCCUGAUCACCAUGUGAUCAUUGAAAUUUCGUGCACCAGAUCCCCUGAAGAGCUGUUGGCUGUGAGAAGAGCCUAUCAGGCUCGUUACAAGCAUUCCCUGGAGGAAGAUGUUGCUGCUCAUACCAAGGGAGACAUCCGAAAGCUCUUAGUUGCCUUGGUGAGUGCAUUCAGAUAUGAUGGGGAGGAGAUAAAUACCAGACUAGCAAAUUCUGAAGCCAAUAUUCUUCAUGAUGCUAUCAAAGACAAGGCUUUCAACCAUGAAGAAGUUAUCAGGAUCCUGAGUACAAGGAGCAAGAUGCAACUCAUGGCAACUUUCAACCGCUACAGAGAUGAUCAAGGCACUUCCAUCACCAAGAAAUUGCUAGGUGAGUCAGGUGAUGAAUUCCUGGUGGCACUGCGUACUGCAGUUCGAUGCCUCAAUGACCCGAAAAAGUACUUCGAAAAGGUUUUGCGCAAUUCGAUCAAACGGAUCGGAACUGAUGAGGAUGCUCUUACCAGAGUGAUCGUUACAAGGGCUGAAAAGGACCUGAAAGAGAUCAAAGACCUUUACCACAAGAGAAACAGUAUGCCUCUUGAACAAGUUGUCGCCAAGGACACCUCAGGCGACUACAAGGCCUUCCUUCUUACUUUGUUGGGGAAGGAAGAUUGAUAUCUUCAUUGGCCAUUUGCUGGUUUUAAUUAAGUGGUGUUGUUUACUUUGGUGGAACCUUGUUGAUCUGAGCGACUACCAUCUUGAACCCUGUUUAAGUUCUAUGUGGCGUGACAAAAUUUAUCCAUGUAUUUCCAUUUCGUAUGGUGUUUUUUUAAUGGUGUGGAAGGUCUUGUUGUCUAAUGGCAUAUACAGUGAGCUUCGAAAAACA